UCAGCAGUGUUCUCGUGUAACAAAAUGCUUCUGUCAGUUUCUGGUUUCUGCGAACACUCAGGAGGCGCUAUAUCAUCCAAUUCAACGCGUUGGUGCGCUUAUUUUGGUUGACUGAUAGCGAGAUUGUAACUUUGGCAUCAACGAUACAGAGAAGUGAACCACUCGAAGUGGAGAAAGGACUGUUUUUACUUAACAGUGCAGUUGAAGACAUGUGAACCACUGUGAUAUUCCACUUUAGACAAUAAUUUGCAGUGAAAACCAAGAAACAGUGCAAAAUGCUUCCAGAUGAUAAUUAUAUUCCUGCAAACUCUGGUUUCCGAACCAUAGAAAAAGUAGCAAAGUUUGUUUUGAUUCUGAUCUACAGAUGCUGGAGAGGAUGCAGUGCUGGAAUCUUGUCCUUAAUCUUAUUAUAUUGGAUGUAUGGUGGUGUUGUAAUCUUUUUGCUCCUUGCAAGUGCACUUGUUGGUGCAUUUUAUCAUUUUCAAGAUGGACUGUUGUAUUUUCCUGAUCAGCCAGAAUCAUCUAGGUUUUUUGUUCAGUCGCCUCACAAAUUGGGAAUACCAUUUGAAAAUUCAUACAUAAAAAGCAAAGAUGGCAUACAGAUAAAUAUAUUGUUGCUAAAACAGGCAGAGCGGAGACUUUCAGUUGCCCCAACUCUGAUUUAUUUUCAUGGAAAUGCCGGCAAUAUUGGACACAGGCUUCUGAAUGCUCACCUUGUUUAUACCUACAGUGGUUGUAAUGUAUUGUUAGUAGAAUACAGAGGGUAUGGUCGAAGUGAGGGAUCACCAAGUGAAAAAGGACUUUAUUCAGAUGCAGAAGCAGCCUUAGAAUUUCUUUUAAAAAGAGACGAUAUUGAUCAUGAGAGAAUUAUACUUUAUGGAAGAUCUCUUGGUGGUGCUGUGGCAAUAGACCUUGCAACUAAUCAAGAUUAUUCAGAGCACAUUUUUGCACUGAUUAUUGAAAACACAUUUACAAGCAUUCCAGAUAUAGCCUGUCAUAUGUUUCCAUGGAUUCAAAAGCUACCAAUAGUCUGCUACAGGAAUCAAUUUUUAUCAAUGGAGAAAAUCAAAAUGUUGCUGGUCCCAACGCUCUUCAUUUCUGGCCUUGCAGAUCAGCUUGUGCCCCCUGCAAUGAUGCUGGAUUUGUACAAUGCUUCAACAGCCCCGAUGAAACGACUUGAAACGUUUGUCACUGGGACACAUAAUGACACCUGGCAGUGCUAUGGGUAUUCUGAGGUUAUAAACAAAUUUCUCAAUGAGGUGGUUGAUGCGAGAAAUGCAGGUUUAGUAACAAAGCCCCUGCGAAGGACUAACCAAAUGCAUGAAUCUGAAAGGAAAGGAAUGCCUAAAGAUAUCUGAUAGUGAAUGAAGUGUUUUGUCGGAUUUUUGUUAUCAACAUUUGUAAUUAGUCAAGUGGACCCUUGUUCCUUGCAUAUUAUCGGAUGCCCAAAGGUAAAAAGCCCUAUCUGUCAGAAUUACCUUCAUAGUCUCUGUUGUGACUAACUACUUAGCUAUUAUGAUGAUCAUCUUUAAUACACUUUAAGUAAGGUCUUUUGAUAUUAUUUUUACUAAUGCAGCACAUCAUUCCCUUCAUAAUUCAUUCUUAGAACAAUACAAAUAAUCUAAUGCACGCCAUAGGGCCAAUUUCACAGCAAGAUCGUCAUUUGAAAGAAGCUUCGCAGAUGUUCUCUAGUACGAUCGAUGUUCAGCUUACGAUCGAAGUGCGAUAUGUCAAAAUAGAUGUUCAAUUUUAAAACAAAUAGAUUGUUGCGAAUCUUUCGUAAUUUGAAUGUGUUUCGCCUCGAAUUUCAAUGAAUGCGUUCUUCUCAAUGUAAGGGAUGCUUGGAUUCAAGUAAAUUAAAUGCAAAAAUAUUCGUCGUGACAAACUUUCGGACAAAGACUUGUCAGAAAAUUUAUUUGUACAAAAUCUACAGUUGUCCGAAAGUUUGUCACGACGGAAAUUUUUGCAUAAGCUGCACAUGCGCAAUGUGAUUUUUUUUAUCUUUGAAUCUGCAUUCCCAUAACAAAUUAAAACGAAAGGAAAAGUUACGGUUUUUAAAGGUAAUGUGUCCAUCCAUAUAAAAGAACUGCGUAUACCCAACUUGUCAAGCCAUCCAUCAAAAUAACGGCUUGCGAUUGGUCAGCAAAACUGCUCACAUAAAAAGAUAACCUCGCAGCAGAGUGGUGAACAGAACGACCUUAAUUGUUGGGGCGAUCGCAUGAAAAAUCAUAUGUUUCUGGAAACCCCCGCAGAGUUGCUUGCUUUAGCUGGAUACAUUACCUUUAAGCAUGAGGCUGUUUGGAAAAUGUUUGAAAACAGCGGUUUUUCCAAGUUGAUAGAAAUACCAGUCCAAACAAAUAAAAUUAAUCGUUCUUAUCGUCUAUCAAAUAGUCACUGUCACUUCUUCUAUUAUACCAAAAGGGAUUAGCAUGGUCGGAGUUGAUGACGCUAUAGAACUUAACCUGAGUCAGAAGACCCUUUAAGAUUAAAAUGUGAAGGCAAUUAUAAGCACAUAAACCGUUGAACAAGUGACAAAAAAAACGCUACCAAGAAAA